AGGAGAAAAGCAUGGGGAAAGCGUCCGGAGGUGCUUGGGGCUCCUAUGGGGACARUGGGGUGUCCCACUGAGCUCAGAGAUCCUGGUUAGACAUUGGGGAUCUUUUAAAGAAAUUCAAGGUCACCCGUGUUAGACCUCUCUGGAAAGGAACAUGGUGGAUGUUCCCACCUCACUGCUGCUCCUGGCCAUCACCAGCUCUAAGGCUGGAUUUGGCCGGGCCAUGGUGCAGCCAGAGCUGUGGGCGGCUGCGGUGCUGAUGCUGCUCGGGGCGGCCAUCAGCCUCUGCGUCAAGUGCCAGCUCUCUGCUACCAAACGGGGGACACAGCUGAAUGAGCAGAGGAACCAGCUCGAAAGCCAGCGGCGRUUUGAGGUGAUUCGAUCCCGUAGCACUGCAAUCCGAAGGCUGGAAAAAAUUAAGGAACCUGAAAACUUAUCAAUAGCAAGGAAAGCCAGCGAUGAGCUCAGUGCUUCCUGUCACAYUGGAUAUGGGAGCAGGGACGAGUCCAGGUACCAGAAUUUCCUGUCAGAGAGCUGCCUGCAAGAAGAUGCUGCCUAUGUGGAGCCCAUAUCUCUGGAUAACUAUUACAACUGCACCAGGUUCUUCACUCCACCCCGUGAUCCGUCUCCAGGCAAGCGAGAGAAAGAUGAUGACACCAAUUCCUAUGAAAAUGUUACUAUUGGAGCGCCUCAGGGYUCCGAUCCAGAUGACGUUGUAGACUAUGAGAACAGCAUGGCAAUACACACGUGGAAACUCCAGCAAGGGCAAGCCCUGCUGACAGAGAGCCCGGAUGAUGAGCCAGACUACGUCAACGCGGGUCCUGUGUCAGGUCCUGCCCUGCUGUCAGAGCACAGUAUUCUGCGUAAAGUCUGAAGAAAUCUUUUGCUGAGCUGGAAGAGGACACCCAGUGAACAUGCACACAGGGAGAGGGAAAGAUUUCCAUCCCUCGGUGAAAUCUCUUCUCCAAACUGCCCGCAAUCACACAGAAGGGAUGUCACUGAAAGAAAGAAAUGCUCUGCUUGAAGCCCCACAGAAGUCCAACAGCAAACCUGCGACUGGAGAAAGCACUACAUCCCCAGCAACCGUGGGCAAGCCCCAAGCUCCUCAUCCCAUCUCAUUUCCCUGCGUGUCCUCUCGAGGGAGGAUGGCAUCUGGGCAAUGUUUUCUCCUGCCAAGCAUGAAAUGAAUCCUUAACUUGCUGAACAGUAAUGCAGCCAGCUAAUUUGUCAGGGUGACUCAUGCACGAUGGUAUUAAUCAGAUUACAUUCUGAUUUAGCUCCUGUGCUCUCCUAUACAAGCAGUUUCCUACAUGAGAGGAACUGGCAAGGCAGAGGUUGGCAAAGCAGCAGUGGUUGUCUGGAGCUGAAUGAGAUUCCAACCUGUUCACAAAAGCUAAAGAGGAUUAAAUGCCUGCCCUACCCAUGGCUUGUAAUUCACAGUGUUGGUCUAUGGCAGUUUUUCUCAUGUUUCAGGAUCUGUUUUAUARUGAUACAAAGAACCAGCAAC